UAUAUAUGUAGGUUAAUAACUUUUAACAUGGCUAAUUACUAUUACAGUAUACUCAUGUUGCUACUUGCUAGUUUGAGAUUACUUCUCCAUAAAUCCUCUCUUAAGCUUAGCAAGGAAAAACACAUCAAUUACAUGAUUUUGAGCAUGAUGUGCUUAUUCCAUGCAUCUUAACAAGAAUUAAAUCAUUACUAAGCUUGACGAGCUUAGAGCUUGGUGGAUAAAACAAAGAGAAACUCAAAAGUCUUAAGGAUUGACGAUUAUAGACUUGGCCUUUGGGAAACAUGUGUGGUCGUGAUUAAGUAAAAAAAUAUGAAACUUCCGUCAAAUUGCAUUAGAAAAAUAUGAGAAACAAUCUGCUCUUGUCACCAAUCUACCAUAAUUUCAUUAAUAAUUGCCCUCCGACUUUCUUAUUGCAAUCUCAAUCUUAAAAGUUUAUGUUCGUCUAAAACUAGUUUCCUCCUAUGGCUCACUCGUCUUCUUCUUGCACUUGGGUUUAUGAUGUCUUCCCGAGCUUCAGUGGGGAAGACGUCCGCGUAACUUUCCUUAGCCACUUUCUCAAAGAGCUUGAUCGGAAAUUAAUCAUUGCUUUCAAAGACAACGAGAUUAAGAAGAGCGAAUCGCUCGACCCCGUUCUUAAACAAGCGAUUAAGGAUUCGAGGAUUGCGGUGGUCGUGUUCUCCAUAAAUUAUGCCUCUUCAACAUGGUGUCUUAACGAAUUGGUGGAGAUAGUGAAAUGCAAGGAAGAGUUUAGUCAAAUGGUGAUACCGGUUUUCUACCGUUUGGAUCCUUCACAUGUGAGGAAGCAGACCGGUGACUUUGGGAAGAUCUUUGAAAAAACAUGUCACAACAAAACAGAGGAGGUGAAAAUUCAAUGGAAGGAAGCCUUGACCAGUGUAGCUAAUAUUCUUGGAUAUCAUUCUACGACUUGGUAUGGUUUUAUAAAUACUUAUUUGAACUUAUAUAUUAUCUUGAAAUUUUAUUUUUUCAUGUUUGUGAAAUUGUAUAUUCUUGUAAGGUUUAAUGAAGCAAAAAUGAUUGAAGAAAUCGCCAAUGAUGUUUUAGAUAAGCUGCUUUUAACUACAUCGAGGGAUUUUGAGGACUUUGUUGGCAUUGAAGAUCAUAUUUCUGAAAUGAGUAUAUUGUUGCAAUUGGCAUCUAAAGAAGUGAGAAUGGUUGGUAUAUGGGGUUCCUCAGGGAUUGGUAAGACUAUCAUUGCAAGAGCUCUAUUUAACCGACUUUCUCGACACUUCCAUGGUAGUAUUUUCAUCGAUAGAGCUUUCAUAUCUAAGAGCAUGAAUAUUUAUUCUCAAGCCAAUUCUGAUGACUACAACUUGAAGUUACAUAUGCAAGGAAAAUUCCUGUCUCAAAUUUUAGACAAAAAGGACAUAAAAGUAUAUCAUUUAGGUGCAAUGAGAGAGAGGCUAAAGAACCGGAAAGUUCUAAUCUGUAUUGAUGAUUUGGAUGAUCAACUGGUGUUAGAUGCCUUGGUGGGUCAAACUCAUUGGUUUGGAUGUGGGAGCAGAAUCAUUGUCAUUACAAAAGAUAAGCACUUUUUAAGAGCGCAUAAAAUUGAUCAUAUUUACGAGGUCCGUCUCCCAUCUGAAGAGGCUGCUCUUGAAAUGUUAUGUCGAUCUACUUUCAAGCAAAAGUAUCCGCCUGAUGGGUUUUUGGAACUUGCUUCUGAAGUUGCAUUGCGUGCCGGUAAUCUUCCUUUGGGUCUUAACAUAUUGAGUUCCUAUUUGCGAGGUAGGGAUAAAAAGGAGUGGAUGGAUAUGCUGCCAAGGCUUCGAAAUGGUUUGGAUGGAAAAAUUGAGAAAACACUAAGAGUUAGCUACGAUGGAUUAAAUAACAAAAAAGAUAAAGCGAUAUUUCGUCACAUUGCAUGUCUUUUUAAUCGUGAGAAAAUCAAUGACAUCAAGCUGUUAUUGGCAAAUAGUGACUUGGAUGUUACUAUCGGGCUCAAAAACCUCGUUGAUAAAUCUCUUAUCCAUGAAAGUUACGAUAUAGUGGAGAUGCACUCUUUGCUACAAGAAAUGGGAAAAGAGAUUGUUCGUAUGCAAUCCAAUGAGCCCGGAGAACAUGAGUUUCUUGUGGAUUGGAAGGAUACUUGCGAUGUACUUGAAGAUAACAAAGGUACUAAAAAUGUUUUAGGUAUAUCAUUGGAUAUAGAUGAAAUUGAUGAAGUACAUAUACAUGAGAAUGCUUUCAAAGGGAUGCGUAAUCUCUUUUUUCUAAAGUUUUUCACAAAGCGGCAGAAGAAAGAAAUAAGAUGGCACUUAUCAAAAGGUUUUGAUCAUUUCCCUCCUAAGCUAAGAUUACUAAGUUGGGAAAAAUACCCGUUGAGAUGUAUGCCUUCAAACUUUCAUCCUGAAAACCUCGUUAAACUCGUAAUGCGGUGGAGCAAACUCGAGAAGUUGUGGGAUGGAGUUCAUCCACUUACAGGGCUCAAGGAAAUAAAUUUGUGGGGAUCCAAAAACCUGAUAGAAAUCCCAGAUCUUUCUAUGGCCACAAAUCUUGAGAAACUUGUUCUCAACGAUUGCUCGAGUUUGAUGGAGAUUCCUUCCUCAAUUCAGUAUCUCAAUGAAUUAUACGAUUUUCAUAUGGAACGUUGCGAAAAUCUUGAGAUUCUUCCUACUGGAAUUAAUCUCCAAUCUCUCUACGACCUCAAUCUCAUGGGAUGUUCACGGUUAAAGAGUUUUCCUGAUAUCUCAAGCAACAUCUCAACGCUCGAUCUAUAUGGAACAACCAUAGAAGAAUUACCUUCUAACUUGCAUUUGGAGAAUCUCGUGAAUCUUAGGAUGUGUGAAAUGAGGAGUGGGAAAUUGUGGGAAAGAGAACAGCCGCUUACACCCCUCCUGAAGAUGGUGUCUCCUUCUUUGACAAGAAUUUAUCUCUCGAAUAUCCCUACUUUGGUGGAGCUUCCUUCUUCAAUUCAUAAUCUCCAUAAACUAGAGGAAUUGAGUAUUUGGAACUGCAAAAAUCUUGAGACUCUUCCAACUGGAAUCAACCUCAAAUCUCUGUAUAGCCUUGAUCUUAGUGGAUGCUCACAGCUGAGGUGUUUUCCUGAUAUUUCAACCAAUAUCUCUGAGCUCUUUCUCAACGAAACAGCGAUUGAAGAGGUUCCUUGGUGGAUAGAGAACUUCAUAAAUCUAAGCUUCAUAAGUAUGUCAGAAUGCAAAAAUUUGAAGUAUGUUUCCCUAAACAUUUCUAAACUCAAACAUCUUGAGAUGGUUGACUUUUCAGACUGUGGGGAGUUGAGUGAAGUCAUCUUGAAUAAUAGUCCAACUUCAGUGACCAACAAUACUCACUUACCAGUCUGUAUCAAAUUCAUCAACUGCUUCAAAGUGGAUCAAGAAGCUCUCCUUAUGGAACAAUCGGGUUUCUUCGAGUUUUCGUGUGAUGAAGUGCCUUCAUAUUUCACUCACCAAACUAUUGGAGCCUCUCUGAUCAAUGUACCUCUUCUUCACAUCUCUCCUUGUCAACCAUUCUUCAUAUUUAGGGCUUGCGCCUUGGUUGAUUCCGAAUCUAUUUUCAUAGAUAGUCCAUCCAAAUUCCAGGUAUGUUGUCGGUUCAUAGACAGCCUCGGAAACCACUUUGAUCCCCCUAAUCAACACCAUGUCUUCUCAGCAUAUAAGAAAGCUAGUCAUAUGGUUAUAUUUGAGUGUUGUUUCCCUCUAAACGAUGACAAUGCUCCUCUAGCUGAACUUAACUAUGAUCACGUGGAUAUACAAUUCCAUCUUACUCAUAAAAACUGUCAGCUCAAACUAAAAGGAUGUGGUAUACGAUUCUUUGAGGACGAUGAAAGCAGUGACGGUAAUGAGACUGAAUACAAUGAAGAGUGUCCAUAUAGCGAUGAUAAGUAUUUUGGCAGUGAAAAGUGGGAAGACUGCGAUGAUAGUGAUCUUAGCAGUGAAAUUGAACAGUGGAAAGACUGCGAGGUUAGUGAUCUUGGCUAUGAGACUGAUCACAGUUCGUAGUGUGAAGACAGUGAUGUAAAGCAAACAGAAGCAUAGGUAAGAAUAUAGUUUCAAUUGCUCUUCAGUUUAUAUUUUGAUUCUCUUCGUUCUUAUAAAGUUGUUGGAUAUACAGCUGCUGCAAGUAAGUAAAUGGAUUGUUUAAGACAAUGUGAAGGGACCACAACUGAAGAUUCUGUUAGGGUCUAGGUGGAAACGUCUAAUGCAAGGUACCCUCAUUAAGUAUCAUGAGUUUCUAACUCAAAAAUAAUUGGCUAUGAACAAAUUGACACAUAUCACGUAUAUAUUACUCUACGUCUCGUCAUGGCGCUCCCGCUGAUUACCAAGAAGGGCAUGAAGAAUAUGGUAACCACUUAGUUUUGUUUUUCUUUUUAGAGGUUUGACAUAAUUCAUGGAUUUUGGUGGAGUUUUAUGGUUGUUUGUUACCCUCUAUAAAUCAGGCUUUGUUCUUUCAAAAAUCGUAGGCUUUGUUUUCUGGAUUGAUAUAUAGUAAUGCUCUUUGUACAGUUAUCUGUUUAAUUUGUAGAUUCCCACCAAUCUAUCUGCUAACUC